AAUACCUAAACUUAAUUCAGUUUUAUCUUUCUUCCUCUCUCUCUCUUCCAGCCUUCCUCUCUCUCUCCCCCUUGUGUGCUUACAAGUUACAGCCUUCCUCUCUCCCUUCCUUCUCGAGAAUCAGAUUCACAAAUCACGACAAACGCGCGGUCGCCUCACUCUGCCUCCUCCUCUGCUCGCUGCGGGGCUGCGGCCGCCUCUGCCUGACUGCCUCCUUGGUCGUUCGUCGCUCUCUGUUCGCCGCAACCUCAUCUGUCUCCAGAUCGCGUUGCUGCUUUGUUCAAAAGUCAUGGUUCAAAAAAGUGGCAGGAGGCAGAGUCCAAACAUUUUGGUGACUGGUACACCAGGGACAGGAAAGACAGCCAUGUCAACUGCUCUGGCUGAAGCCACUCAGCUCCGCCACAUCAAUAUUGGAGAUUUGGUCAAAAAGAAUAACUUGCAUGAUGGGUGGGAUGAUGAGCUUGAUUCUUACAUUAUUGAUGAAGAUUUGGUGUGUGAUGAACUUGAGGAUGUUAUGGAAGAGGGUGGGAACAUUGUUGACUAUCAUGGCUGUGAUUUCUUUCCUGAGCGAUGGUUUGAUUGUGUCGUUGUACUUCAAACUGAUAACACCAUUUUGUAUGAUCGCUUGAGUAAGAGAGGCUACAAAGAUUCAAAGCUUUCCAAUAAUGUCGAAUGUGAAAUCUUUCAAGUUUUGCUCGAGGAGGCUAAAGAAAGUUACGCAGAAGACAAAGUUGUUGCAAUGGAAAGUAAUAAUAUUGAAGACAUUAGUAGAAAUGUUGCAACUCUGACAGAUUGGAUCAGAAAUUGGGCUUCUCCACCCCAGUCAUAAAAAACAAAUAUAAGUUCAAUGUACACACCAUGGGAUGAAAAUAUUAUGGGUUCAUGCCUGAAUUUGCAAUCUUGUAGAAUUACCUCUUACAAGUUUAGAUGAGGCAUUAGUUUUUGACAUUCAUGUUAUUAUGGGUUUUAAAUUAGACAAAGGAAAGUGUGUUAAACUUUUAUAUGGUUUUACAAUAAUGAAUUGAGUUGAGAUAGCUAA